GCGCUGUGUGGUUCCCAGUCACGGAAGCACCUGGGUUGUAAACAUUUCUCAAUGUAGAUGUGUUGCGAUGUAAAUGUGUCAGAUGAAUGAACAGCAUGCUCGGCUAUGUAGUUGUUGCGUUUUUAUCACUGGCAGUGUUGUUCCUUCCUCGCGAUUGGUCUGUUAAGUUUGGAAAUGAAUCAACCCAGGGGUCCUCUGUACGGCUCCUGAGCAGGCGUGAAUUAUCAUCGUACGACGGGGAGGAAGGCAGCAAGGGCCUUUACCUAGCUAUACUGGGGCAAGUGUUUGAUGUACACAAGGGAUACAAGCACUAUGGACGCGGUGGUGCUUAUCAUUUUAUGGCAGGUAAAGAUGCCUCAUUGGCCUUCAUCAGUGGGGACUUCACAGAAAAUGGUCUGACCGAUGACGUGUCCAGUCUGUCCCCACAGCAGGUGGUGGCCCUUUAUGACUGGCUGUCCUUCUAUCAGAGAGAAUAUCAAAAUGUAGGUCUGGUAAUAGGCCGGUUCUAUAGCAGGACCGGGCAGCCCACAGAGGCCCUGUUGCACGUUCAAGCAUCGCUAGCAGAGGGACAGCAACUCAAGGCCCAGUCUGAGGCUGAGAUGGUACGCUACCCAGCCUGCAACACACAGUGGAGCGCUGCCAUGGGAGGAAGAGUUUGGUGCUCCACUAAGAGUGGCGGAGUGGAAAGAGACUGGACGGGUGUCCCACGCAAGCUGUUCUCUCCAGGCUCCAGUGGUGUUCGUUGUGUCUGUGUUGAAGACCCAGCUGCAGCAGAGGAAGACCAAAACCUGCAGAAAUAUGACAGCUGCCCUCCACAUGCUGACUCAUGCUCUGUUGAAGAGUUCUAGUCUCUGGGCCAGCGCAGAAAAUGGCCGUACUGCUUUUUACCAGCACAAGACUCAGGAAAACACAGAAAUGACGCACAAUAAAAAGUUAAAAUGAAGAAAACAAAGUA